GUCCUACCGGGGAACGGAAACUCGCUGUGGAGAAGUUGGCGCUGAUCUAUCCGGCCCAUCUCCGCUGCUCUUCCUUUCGCGCCGGUAGCCGAAGAAUCGAGCGUCCAUGUGCGCAGCGCCCGGGACUUCAUAGAUCACUGAGCCUUCCGAAUCCGAGCCAGACCGCGACCUUGUAAUGGAUAUCAACUCUUUGAUCGAGGCCCUUCGGGGCACGAUGGACGCAAAUUUGCGUGAGGCCGCAGAGAGACAACUGAACGAGGGCCAUACCCAGGUGCACUUUUUGUCUACACUACUGCAGGUGACCAUGUCUGAACAGUUGGAUUUGCCUGUACGGCAAGCAGGUGUGAUCUACCUGAAGAACAUGGUGACACAGCACUGGAGUGAAGGAGAUAAUGCAAACACUGAAGGGCCUACCAGUAACAUCCCAGAAGAGGACAGGCAGUUCAUUCGAGACCACAUAGUGGAGGCAAUCAUCCAAUCCCCAGAGCGCCUCAGAGUGCAACUCACAACUUGCAUUCACCACAUGAUCAAGCAUGACUACCCCGCAAGAUGGACUGCUAUCGUCGACAAGAUUGGCUUUUACCUGCAGUCUGAUAACAGUGGCUGCUGGCUGGGCAUCCUGCUGUGCCUCUACCAGCUGGUCAAGAAUUAUGAGUAUAAGAAGCCUGAGGAGCGCCAGCCAUUGGUCGCUGCCAUGCAGAUCUUUAUGCCCAUGUUGAAGGACCGAUUCGUACAGCUUCUGCCGGACCAAUCCAAUGACUCUGCCCUGGUGCAGAAACAGAUCUUCAAGAUCCUUUACGCUCUCUUCCAGUACAACCUCCCUCUGGAACUGAUUAAUCGCCAGAUUCUGACCGAGUGGAUGGAGAUUCUGAAGACUGUCGUGGACAGAGAUGUUCCUCCAGAGGCCCUUCAGGUGGAUGAAGACGAGAGGCCCGAGCUGCCCUGGUGGAAGUGCAAGAAGUGGGCACUUCACAUCCUCGCCCGGCUCUUCGAAAGGUAUGGCAGCCCUGGCAACACAACCAAAGAGUAUACAGAGUUUGCAGAGCUUUUCCUCAAGGGUUAUGCCGUGGCUGCACAGCAGGUACUGUUGAAGGUGUUGUAUCAGUAUAAGGAAAAGCAAUACGUGGCUCCCAGAGUCUUGCAGCAGACACUAAAUUACAUCAACCAGGGAAUCGCACAUGCCGUCACUUGGAAGAACCUAAAGCCACACAUCCAAGGAAUCAUUCAGGACGUGGUGUUCCCCCUCAUGUGCUACACAGACAGCGAUGAAGAGCUCUGGCAGGAAGACCCUUAUGAAUACAUCCGCAUGAAAUUUGAUGUUUUUGAAGACUUCAUCUCCCCCACCACUGCAGCUCAGACGCUCCUCUUCACCGCUUGCAACAAAAGGAAGGAGGUGCUGCAGAAGUCCAUGGGCUUCUGUUAUCAGAUCCUCACAGACCCUGCCUGUGACCCCAGGAAAAAAGAUGGCGCUCUUCAUAUGAUUGGCUCGCUGGCUGAGAUUCUUCUCAAGAGGAAGAUCUACAAAGACCAGAUGGAGUUCAUGUUGCAGAAUCAUGUCUUCCCUCUGUUCCGCAGUGAGCUGGGUUACAUGAGAGCCAGGGCCUGCUGGGUUCUUCAUUACUUCUGUGAGGUCAAGUUCAAGAUUGACCAGAACUUGCAGACAGCCCUUGAGCUCACCCGCCUGUGUCUGAUCAACGACAACGAGAUGCCUGUUAAAGUGGAGGCUGCCAUUGCCCUCCAGGUCCUCAUCAGCAAUCAGGAGAAAGCCAAAGAUUACAUCACCCCCCACAUCCGACCCGUGAUGCAGGCUCUCCUCCAAAUUGUGCGUGAGACAGAGAAUGACGAUCUUACCAACGUCAUCCAGAAGAUGAUCUGCGAGUACAGUGAGGAGGUCACACCAAUCGCUGUAGAGAUGACCCAGCAUUUGGCCAUGACCUUCAACCAGGUGAUCCAGACAGGGCCUGAUGAGGAAGGAGGUGACGAUAAAGCAGUGACCGCCAUGGGCAUCCUUAACACCAUUGACACACUGCUGAGUGUAGUGGAGGACCAUAAAGAGAUUUUGUCAGGAGACCCAGGGGAGGACCCAGAAUGCCAUGGGGCCAAGCUGUUGGAGGUUAUCAUUCUACAGUGCAAAGGUCGUGGUAUUGACCAGGUGGUGCCCUUGUUUGUAACAACCGCUUUGGAGCGUUUGACGCGUGAAGUGAAGACCAGCGAGUUGAGGACCAUGUGUCUGCAGGUGGCCAUCGCUGCGCUCUAUUACAGUCCUCCUCUGCUCCUCAACACACUGGAGAAUCUGCGGUUCCCCAACAACACCGAGCCCAUUACCAACCACUUCAUCUCCCAGUGGCUCAAAGACAUUGACUGCUUCCUCGGGCUCCACGACCGAAAGAUGGCUCUAAUUUUGUCAGGAGACCCAGGGGAGGACCCAGAAUGCCAUGGGGCCAAGCUGUUGGAGGUUAUCAUUCUACAGUGCAAAGGUCGUGGUAUUGACCAGGUGGUGCCCUUGUUUGUAACAACCGCUUUGGAGCGUUUGACGCGUGAAGUGAAGACCAGCGAGUUGAGGACCAUGUGUCUGCAGGUGGCCAUCGCUGCGCUCUAUUACAGUCCUCCUCUGCUCCUCAACACACUGGAGAAUCUGCGGUUCCCCAACAACACCGAGCCCAUUACCAACCACUUCAUCUCCCAGUGGCUCAAAGACAUCGACUGCUUCCUCGGGCUCCACGACCGAAAGAUGUCCGUGUUGGGACUGUGUGCUCUAAUGGAUCUGGAUCAGAGGCCACAGGCUGUCAAUCAGGUCGCAGGUCAGCUCCUCCCCGCAGCCAUCCUCCUGUUUAACGGCCUGAAGAGGGCCUACGCCUGCAGGGCUGAACAUGAAAAGGAAGAUGAUGAUGAAGACGAGGACGGAGAGGAGGAAGAGGAGAAUGCCGAGUUGGGCAGUGAUGAAGACGACAUAGAUGAUGAAGGCCAGGAAUACCUUGAAAUGCUAGCUAAACAAGCAGGAGAGGACGGUGACGAUGAAGACUGGGAGGAGGAUGACGCAGAGGAGACCGCUCUUGAGGGUUACACGACCUCAGUGGACGACGAGGACAACCUUGUUGAUGAAUACCAGAUCUUCAAAGCCAUAAUCCAAAAUGUCCAGGGCCGUGACCCAGCAUGGUACCAGUUGCUCACACAGUGUCUCGAUGAGGAACAAAGAAAACAACUUCAGGAUAUUGCAACACUUGCAGAUCAGCGACGAGCAGCACAUGAAUCAAAGAUGAUUGAGAAGCAUGGAGGAUACAAGUUUGCAGAUCCGGUGGUGCCAUCCAAUUUCAACUUUGGUGGCAGCGCCCCUGGGAUGAAUUGAGUCCUCUCUUUCCCUUCCCCUUUCUAACUGUG